CCUAACUCUAUACAUAAAUAAUAAUAAUAUACGCACUCAUGCUGUGGUGAAAUGGAACUGUGGAGCCUGCCCACCAAUGACAUCACAGAGAUCGUGCGGCACUAUCACGUCGGGAGCAUCGAUCUUUCCUCUUCCUCUACUGUCAAUCGCGCAUUUCUCACAGCCGUCACUGUCAUCAGUUAGGCCAUGAUUUAUUUCGGCAUCCACCGCCUUACAAAUACGGCCUGAUGGCGAGAAAGGCAUAAUCUUUCUCACAAACCAGAUAUAUAAAAUCAACGAGAAGUCGCACUCUGGAUAGCCCUCAUUUCUUCUAGCUCCUCUCGACAGCUUAUCUCUUGAUUUAUCUUGAUAACUGCAGCUUCUGGUGAGCUUGAGGUUUUACAUCGGCCAUUUAGUCGUCAUCGUAUGAGCUACAAUGAAAGCUGUCCUGCAACGGGUCAAGUCGGCCUCGGUCACCGUCGAUAACCAGCUGAUCUCGUCCAUCGGUCGCGGAGUACUCGUUUUUGCAGGCGUGGGCAAGGAUGAUACCGAGAAGGAUGUCGACUCUAUGGCUGCAAAGGUCUUGAAGGCUAAGCUCUGGCCGGAUGAGGCAAACCAGACCAGCGCCUGGAAGAAGAAUGUCCAGGAUAUAGAAGGCGAAGUCCUAUGUGUCUCUCAAUUCACGUUAUACGGGCAGAUCAAAAAAGGCAACAAACCAGACUUCCACAACGCCGCCGAUCCCGAGACAGCGCGGCGGCUGUACGACCGCUUCGUCAGCAAGGUGACGGACCUUUACAAAGCCGAGCGCGUCAAGAACGGCGUCUUCCAGGCAAUGAUGGAAGUCGAACUGAAGAACGAUGGACCGGUUACUAUUGAGAUUUCUACGGAUGUCCCAAAAUCGGAGAGUUCGAAACAAAAUCAGGCGAAAACAGAGACGGGUCCAGAUGGUAAAAAGUAUGUCGAGUUCAAGAUGCCGGAUUCUUUGUUGGAGUGAUCCAUUCGUAUCUGGAGUGUAUCAUAGAUGUAUAUAGAUCAAUGCAUAUAGCAGUAUUCAAAUAUAAAAUACAAAAUAUCACUUUGA